ACAAAGGGUGAAACUUCACAAAUGUGAUAAAAUCUGAAUAUUCGUAGCCUCUGAUCUUGGUGGAGAUUUCCUUGAAAGUAAUAAAAUAUAUUUUGCUCACAUCAGCUGUAUACUUCCUCCAGUCUAACUUUUUAAAAAAUAGGCAGUUACAAAGCUACUUGGUGUGGUUACUGGUCUUUGCUUUGUUCUUGCGGAAACAGAAACUAUUCAACAUAGAAUGAAAAUAGCCACAAUAGUCACAGUCUCCAUGAGCUAGAAGCCUGUGGUUCAAAGAACUGCUACUCCUACUUUGGACCCAACAGGAAGGAAAGAGAAUGAAGUCAGUUUUUCAAACCAAAAUGCAAGAGUGACUUCCUCAUCUCCAGGACAGGCUACCAUGAGUUCUCCUGCUAAGGUGCAUCCAAAAGGUCUUGAAUGUGUCUACCUUUGUAUUUGCAUGAUAACUGAUAUACCCUCAAAAGAGUUGGAAGGUGAUUUAGAGGUCAUCUAAGCAGGUCUCCUGUCCAUAUCAUUCCUGACCAUCCUUGCCAGCCAUGGGGAACUCAAUGAAGUAUUACAAGUAAAGCAAGCUGUUCAUAUUAUUUUUGAAUAUUCCUUAGCUUGCAUAUUGCUUUUUGCCUGCCAAAAUAUCUAUCUAAGAGAGCAUACCUUGCCUUUGGAACCACCUUCCCAAGGUGGAAGUGUUUUUGUCUUUGAAGGAUGAUCAGUCAAAAUAAUCACCAGGUGGCAGAAAGGUUCUGAAAAUAAUGACCUAAGCAGAGACAAACUCUUGAUGUCUUCCACUCCCAAAGAGCAUGACACAGUGAGAAAAAAAAGAACAACAAAAAACAAAGAACAAAACCACAAUCACCAAUGAAAUAAGAGAGGUUAGCUCUUUCGAGAACUCUUAGUCACUGUUCUUCAGACCACUGAAGCCAAAGCAACAGGGGGAACUUUGGUGGAAUGAGGUAAAAUUAACCAAGGUUGGAACCUGGUAAAUAAAGGAAAAGAUGACCCAAGAAGUCAAUCUGAAUUCCCUCAAGGAAUUGGAACGUGAAAUGGUGCUACAAGUCCUGUACCGGGAUCAAGUGGUGCAAAAGGUUGAGGAGGAGAGAAUAAGGAAACUAAAACUGCACCUGCAGAAUCUUCGAUGGAGACCAGCAAAGAACACCAAUCAGGAAUACAAAGAGAAGUCCUGUGCACGAUGCCAGAAGUCUCUGGGCUUAGUGAUAAACCGAGGGGGUGUAUGCCAGGGCUGCAGCCAUCGAGUAUGUUCGGAAUGUCGGGUCUUUUUGAGAAAAACCUACGUGUGGAAAUGCACUGUCUGCUUUGCAGAUGGAGAUGCAAAAAUCAAAACUGGAGAGUGGUUCUUUGAGGAACGAGCCAAGAAAUUUCCAGAUGAAAGCAAACAUGAAACAGCUGGUGCAAAGCUCUUGAAAUCUUAUCAGAAACUGAGCAAAAUUUCUGUGGUUCCUCCCACUCCGCCUCCUGUCAGUGAAAGCCAUUUUGGAUCCAACACAGGGGAACUUGGUCAGCUUAAAGGAUUUAAUAAAUCGAUGGAAAAUUUGUUUCUGUCUCUUACCACACACAUAAAAAAAAUCUCCAAGUCCCAGAAUGACAUGACUUCUGACAAACAUCUUCUAACCACCACUUACAGGGAGGGCAUGGAACAGAAGGAGAGGAGGAGUCUAUCUGAUCCUGCCAUCAACUUGACAACCAGGACUGCCAAUUUAUCAGAUCAUCUUAAACUCAGCAACCAAGAAGAUGAUGAAAGCUUUAUUAAUCCCAUCUUGCAGCAAGAAAAUAUUUCACCUACUUUUACUCAUAGCUCUGUGUUCUCUGCUGGCACCAAACGUGGAAGUCUGGCAAGCAUUAGCAGCACCUGUACAGAAGUGGGCGAUUUUGACAAUGCUAAUGUAACUGGAGAAAUAGAAUUUGCCCUUCAGUAUGACUUCAAGGCUUCUACUUUAGAAAUCUGUAUCAAAGCCUGUAAGAACCUAGCCUUUGGAGAAGAAAAGAAGAAAAAGUGCAAUCCUUAUAUAAAAACCUAUCUGCUGCCGGAUAAAGGCUCUCAGGCCAAGCGGAAGACCAGCGUCAAAAAGAACACUGUGGAUCCUCUCUUUCAUGAGACUCUGAAGUAUCGUGUGGAGUAUUCCCAGCUGCAGACCCGGCUGCUUCAGGUCUCCGUGUGGCACUUGGGAACACUCACUCGGAGAGUGUUUCUGGGAGAAGUUUUGAUUCCUCUGGCUUCUUGGAACUUUGAAGAUAGUACAACACAACAAUCAUUCCAAUGGUAUCAGCUCAAAGCCAAGAAUCACAGAAUCACAGAAUCUCACAGUUGGAAGAAAUCUCCAAAGUCAUCUAGUCCAACCUCUACCUGAAGAACCUCCUCGUAAUAUACAUACCCUGCAAGGUUCAUCCAGCUUUGCUCAAAGAUCAUCAGGGAAGAAGGGAGCCAUGCCACCCACCCAAAGCUACCCAUUUCCACUGUGGCAUUGCUGGGAAUUUUUUUUUCAAAUAUCAAUCCUCAAUCAGGCUUGCUGCUCCUUAUGGACCAUAAUUAUACUCUCUGAAGCCAAGUAGAAUAAGGGACAGUCCUUUGGACACUCAAGUCUCCUUUGCCUUUUCUUCCUCAGACUAAACAUCCUUAGUUCUUUCAACUGAUCCUUAUAUGACAUGAUCCUGUAGGCUUUUACCAUGCUGGUUACCGUCUUCUGAAUGAGCCUGUCAAUGUCCUUAAAAUUCAUGGUCCCAAGGGAAUAUGAUAGUCUAUAUAUGGGCUGACCAGAGCAAAAUACACAUGAUUGAAUUGGCUUUUUCAAGCUGCAGUAUCACUGUUGGUGUAUAUCAUUUUCUUUUACCCUUCCCUUCCCUCUUAGAAUCAAUUCUAAAUACUGCUUCCAAGACAGAAGAGUAGUAAAGAUUAGGCAAUUGGGAUUAAGUGACUUGCCCAGGGCAAUACAUUUAGGAAGUGUCUGAGCCCAGAUUUGAAUCCAUCUCUAGCCUGGCUCUCUAUCCAAUGAGCUACCUACCUGCCCUGGUGUUUAUCAAUCCUGUAAUCUACUUAAAUACUUUCAAACCCCCCCAAGAUCUUUUUCAGAUAAACCACAAUCUAGCCAUGUUUUCCUCAUCUUGUACAUUAAAUUUUGUUUAAUUCAUGUUCCUUGUUACAUUUUUUCUUAUUAAAUUUCACCUUCAUGUGAUUCACA